CACGACAAUAGGUCAGCAGGAGAGCAAGUUCCACGGCCACGCCCACAAGAUGACAAACACACAGCAGGCGGAUUGGCCGACGGAGUCGGGGGAAGCGGAGGAGCAGACGACAUUUAUGUCGCAGGCAGCAGCUAAUAAUAAUAUUCAUAAUUCGCAGUCGCUUGUUUAUGGCAUCGAAAAUCAGGGAGCUGAGUCAGCCGUGUUUUGUUGGUCAAAGGCGGCGGCGCCGGAAGUGCUCAGAAUGGCAGGGCGAUUUCCGGUUGGCCAAGCAAUCACUUGGCAGAGCAGCUUCCCCAUGAAUCACGCGAGUGGAAGCAGGAACAUGCAGGUCUGCCACCCAUAUUACCAACCAAUGCAAGCAGAAAAGUACCCCUUCCAUCUGAAUUCAAGGAGCAGCCAAGGAUUUCCCUUGCUUUGCUGGGAUGUAGCUUUCAAGAACCAGAAAGACGCAGAGAACCACACAAUUUUAAGUGAAACUCAACUAUUCAGCCCACAUCAAGUAUACGCACCGUGCACAGCAAGAUUCCCCAUACAUCAAAUAUACGCCCCGUGGCAGAUGAACUUUCCCAAGCUGCUGCAAUUGCCCCGCAAGAAUUCCGACGGACAUUUCCCAGAAUUGAGCACCACCAUGACCCGACGCGGACAGGUGGCCACCGCACCCGCUGAGCAGGCGUCCCAGGAAUUUCCCAUAAUUAAAAAACGAUUUGUUAGCUUUCCCAAUUAUCGAGCAAUGCCUGAAGAUGGGCCCGAAUACCCACAUCCACAUCCACCCACCGCCGCCACAACAACAAUGACGCAGCCGGGCCUCGACAAAGUCACCGAAAUAGAUGGAGGAGGCGGAGGAGGAGCUGGUGUACAUAAGGUGCCGCCGAUGCUUGAUAAUGAACCCGAGGCCGAGGAGCAGACGGCGACGGCAGAAGCACUCCCAUUCGCAUUAAACUUGAACGUGGCAAGGGAAAUCGAGCAUCAACAGGCGGAAAAUCUUAAUGACGCCUUCGGCCAGCGGCGACACGACCACAAAAACGACGACGCCAUGGAUGGGGCCAAAAAUAAACGCGAAAUAUGCGAGCAAAGCAAAUUAGAGAAGGCCGAAGAUCAUAAUGAGCCAAAUAUGAGAGAUCGCGAGCAGCAGUCAAUAUGUUUGGCCAGGGAGCAGACAAUAGAUGCGAAUGGGCAACAGCAUCACCAUCGCCAUCGCCAGCAGCAGCAGCAGCACCAAAUUCAGAAUCUGAAUCGGAAUAGCAACCACCAGCAGUCCGGCGAUCUCUCAGAUGCCCGCGAAUCGUCGCCAGAGCAAGUGUACGUGGAUCUCGGUCGGCUACUGACCCGCGAGCGGAACCCAAAUCCGAAUCCGAAUCCAAAUCCGAACGCGAAUCGAACUCGGCCAAAUAUAGAAUUACUGAAAAGCUCCGUGCGCGCCUUCCUCGCCGAGAGGAACUGGGAUUGGGACUGGGAGCUCCUCGACCUUUUGACCGACGCCAUCGAACUGAUCUGUGCCCAUCCGGAGACGGGUAACCUUUGGAGCGAGGCGGCCGCCGGAGCGGACAUGACCGUGAGCAAAGUCAGCGAGGAGCGGGAGACAGAUACGGUGGUCGAGGUUUACCCCGCCGAGCAACUGGAUCAGCCGACGGAACAGGCGGAUGACAACAACAAUACUAGCGCCACAGAGCAGCAGCCCAGCGAGAUGAAGUACGAGCUGAAGACACCCAGUCCAUCACUGCCCAGCAGGAGUCCGCGUCCGGAGUCGCCAGUCUCUAGACUGGGUGCCACGAGUCGUAGUAUACGCAAUGUGGAGCCGAGUGCUCCCGCUACGCAUGCUCCGUUGCUGGGCGAUAUAAAGCGCACCUCCAUCAGCCGCGACAGCACCUCCUCGAUCGAUGUGGAUUCUGUGCUACCCGAAAGAACACGUCUGCGGCGCCAGCGACGCGCCCGGUCGCAGGACUCCGUGGAGGAGAAGCCCGAGGAUGUGAUCGAGCGGCUGAACAAGCUCAAGGCAAGGAUCUCUGGUGCCCUCAGCGAGGUGAAGGGAGUGCUCAAGCAGUACAGCACGGAGAGCGAGGCGGAAUCUGCGGCGGAGCAGACCCAGUCGACACCAGCUGGAGAUCAAGCUGCUCCAGUGUCCUUUCGCUUUGUGAAGAAAGUGCGGCGACGCAGCUACUUUGAUGAGGCCGAGGAGGAAAAGGAGCAAGCUAGAGAGGAACUGGUAAAUGCCUCCAAGGAUACUAAGGUGCACAGAGAACAGACACAAUUUGCUAGGGAGCUCUUGGAAGAUUCAGCAGAACGGGAAGCCCAAGCAAAUGGAAAGCAGCAACUUAAUGCAAGCAAAGAAUCAAAGACUAGUGAAAAGGAUAUUAGAAAGGAGAUUGAAGUCAGUAAAAAAGAAGAAAAGAAUCAUAUUCAAGAAUCGAAAGAGUUGGAAACCCAAGAUGGAAAGUUGCAAGAGGAUCAAGAUAAUUUGGAUGUCAAACUACCCAAGGAAAGAAAGGUAUCUUCUGAGCCACUGGAGGAGAAACUUGGGGAGGAGGUUACAAAAUCGCCUACUAAUGAAUCUAAAGAUUCUAAAAUCUCAGAGGUAAAAGGAGAAGAACCAAAAAUCAAUGGAGAGCUACCGAAGACAGCCGAACAAGUCAAGCAGCCCGAGAAGAGCAAAACCCAGGCUAAAAUUGAGUUCCUGGCCAAGGUGCAGAGUGAACUCAAGUCAAAAUCCGUCAAAGAUGUUACUCCCAAGGAGCAAACUACCAAGGAAGAAACCGUUAAGGGGCUCUCUCCGAAAACAGAAGCGACUCCUAGGGAAUCGGAACCCAAAGAAACCAGAGAAGUAAACAAAAGUAAUGCUGUGUCGGAAAUCAAAGCAUCUGAAGCAGUUGAAGUGCCACUGCCAGAUGAGUCACCCACAUCGCCACCAGCGUCCAAGACCAAGAAGAAAGUCAUCGUGAAGGUGAAGAACCCCAGACGCGCCUCGAUCGCCGCCGUGGAACCAUCCAAGAUCAAGGUGGAGCCGGCCGUCGAGCAGAGCGAUGUUCUCAUCACUCAGAGGCGACCCUCCGACUCGGAGGCGAUUGUCAAGCGCAAGAAGAAGCAGAAAUUAAUGGGCGACACGGCUGCCCCAUCCACAUCUACAUGCACAUCCCCAAGAGCAGCAUCAUCGACAACAAAAGAUUGCAUUGGCAACUCGAGGGAAACGGCAUCGAUAGCCGAGGAGAAGGAGACGGCCACCAGUGAACAAUUGGCUACGCCAGAGGUCACCGCGGUGCCAGCCAAGUUGCCCAUUGCCAAGAGCGGCCAAGGAACAGCGGCGACUGCACCACCAGUUGUAGUUGCAGCAGCAACACCGGCGACAACUGCAACACCAGCGGCCAAAUCAGAGAUCGAUGCCGAUCCGGCGAUUGGCAAUCUAGCGCCAGCAGGCGAUCGAACCAGACGCGCCAGCCUGAAACUAGCGGAGUUGGUUGGUGAAUCGGUGCUGGUGGUGCCGGCAGCAACCGCAGCCCCGCAAGAUCCAUUGCCCGAGUCCAAGGAACCCAUCAUCGAUCAGGAGGCGCUGGUGCCAGCGACGCCGCAACAGGUGGCCAUCAGCGCUGACAUUGCGCCGCAAAUAGCAGCGACAUUGAGGCACGAAGAGUCAUCGCCAGAGCAGCAGGCACACUCGUCCGCCGAAGCUACAAAAGCCGGAGAGCAGACGCCUCCCGGCGACAGUCUAGUCACCAUGCCGGAGCUGAAAGUACUCGCCGGACCGGUGCAGCCCGUCAAGAUCGAGACGGUCGAGCAGCCGCACGAUGCGGCCAAGAAUCAGGAGCCGCUCGUAAAGAAGAAGCCUACGCACCUGAAGAAGCUGGUGCGCAAGAAUUUCAUUGACAAGGAGCCCGAGAAGCAGGAGAAGAAUGACUCCAGCAAGCUGAGCAACAUACUGCGCGAUAGGAACAAGAUCAACGAACUGUCCUCCAGGAUCAACAAGCUUACUCCGUCCAAGAAGCAAGCGAAACCAAAGGAGGAGGCGAAAAAGGCAACGACUGCAGAUGAGGAUAGCGCAAAGCCUGAAGAAGAAACUCCCGUGGAGGAAGCAACUGCCGAAAUCCAAGCUCUCGAGGCGGUCGAACCGGAACCUGAAGUCGAGCCUGCGCCGGAGCCCAAGAAGCCGCGCAAGAUCAAAAAGAAGGUGAUCAUAAAGCGACAGAAGCGACGCCUCUCCGUCGGUGACACAUUCUUCCUGCAGCCGGAGCCCGAGGAGCCCGCCAUCCCGGAGGUGGAGACCAUCGAGCGGGCCAUAGCCUACGUGACGGACGAUGAGGAGGAGCCCAAGACGCCCGCGGAGGAGCCCGAGCUGGCCAAAGAACUCAAAUCCUGCCUACACGUAAGGGAGUACAAGAUUGGCGACCUGGUGCUCUACGCGGAGCGCUAUCGUAAGACGCAGGUGCGCUGGAAGCGCGGCCGAGUGCUGGAACGGAUAACCAGCAUCUCGUAUAAGCUGGAGAUCGAGGGAAAGGAGGUGCCCGCCCACGUCAGCUACAUCAAGAAGUACACCGGGCGGAAGGUGCGCUUCGGCACCAAGGAGUACCUGGAGAUUGACUACGAGCAGGUGGCCGAGGAGGAGCGCCGGGCGGCCAGCUACAGCAUAUGGAACAUGGUGUAGACGCCAGUAGACCAGCAGACCAACCCACCGAAUCCCACCCAGUGGUGUCCCGUGUCCCGUGUCCAGCCAUCUUUGAGUGCAAUUAAAAAAUUGUCCGCCAUGCGAGGUAAUUUUUUAAGGAUCUCAACUCGACAUUCAGUUACGUUAUAGUGAUUCGUCCUAGUCAGUCUAUAGUAGCCUAGUCUUAUGUGUAUCCUAGUGUUUAGUGUAACUUAUUCCAGGCCUUCGUUUACAUCUAAGUAUAAUCUGUAUGUGUAAUUAUAAACAAGCUAUUUACUGAUAAAUAAAGCGGAGAAUAUUUCAGUUA